CAUCUUGUCAGCAAAGUCCUGAAGCUCUCACCUACGAUAUUCUAUUAUGCAAUCCUUCUGAAGUUUAUCAGUUAUUAAACACGCAAUAGUAUUAUUGCAGCAUCAAUGAGUGAGAGGUAGAGGCGGUGUGUUUAGUAUGUAACUCCACGCGUCCUUCCCCCUCUACUCAUAUACAAUACAAUAUAAGCUAUAUGCUAUCUGAGGCUAAAAACAACAUCCGGUAAUACUACCGGAAUUGGACAAAUACGAUCCGUCCAGAAACAGUGAAUUAUCUUUUAAUGUUCCGUUUCAAUAUAUUGAUUAUUUCUAACAUUAGUACAGGUUAGGAACUUGGGCGAGAUAGCUGAUAGCCCCCCAAGUCUGUAUGCAGGGAUGUGGACUACAGAGCAGCUCGCGCGAUUAUGUUAGCUGUCAGCUGUUAGCUAGCACAAACCACACCCGGUCAAGAACAAAGCGGAGCCGUAUUGUAGUGGGGAGUCUGCUGGGGGGUUUUCAAAAAAAAAAGGACCGUGCAGCAGAGAUAUAACAGGAGAGAGACGACACACUGCUGCGAAAUACCAGCAUGCUCCGAUCUCGACCUCGGUGUUUAAACUAGGGGGUACAAAUACUCAAAGAUUAAAUGGGUACACUGCAGUUGAUCAUAGUGUAGUGUGUUGUAGUGAGCAGAGGUGGGAGAAGUACUCUGAUCUUGUUCUUGAGUAAAAGUAGAAGUACUCAGGUCUUGUACUUGAGUAAAAAUAGAAGUAUUCAGAACUUGUACUUGAGUAAAAGUAGAAGUAGCUACCAGAGUGUAGUAAUACUCUGUUACAGUAAAAGUAUUCUAAAUGUUCCUCCAGUGAAAGUAGAAAGUACUCUCAUCUAAAUGUACUUAAAGCAGCGACAGUAAAAGUAGUCAUUGUUUGAUUGGUCCAUUUCAGAAUAAUAUCUCUGAUAUGUUUUAUAAUUAUUGAUCAUUAAAGUGUUCUCAGAGCUGGUAAAGGUGCAGCUAGUUUGAAUGGCUUUGUAUACUGCAGGGUAGCUGCUGAAUUUACUCCAGGUGAACUAAAGUCUGAUUUAAGGGUUGGUUAUAUUUACUAUCAUUAAUCCAGAUCUGUAAAGUAACUAAAGGUAUUAAAUACAUGUGGUGGAGUAAAAGUACACCAUUUACCUCUGAAUUAUAGUAGGCUAGAAGUAUAAAGUAAUACCUCGAAAUUGUACCUGAGUAAAUGUACUUAGAUACUUCCAAUCACUGUGUGCUGGCAUGUGACAAUAUUGGAGUUAAAACCAUAUGAAAUGCCGUCAUUGAAUAACCUAUGCAUGUGUAUAGUUUGUGGUGCUUUACUCUCGCAGCGUAUAAAGGCUGACAGCAGUCAUGGCUUUUCCUCCAUCUCUGCUGUUGAGGCGCGCGCCGCUGAUACAGCAGAGAUGCUGCUGCGCGUGUGGAAUGUGGCAGGGCGCUGAUUGGCCGAAGAUGACAUCACCCACUCAAGAUCUAUUGUUGGAGAGAGGAUGAGCUCAUCGUUUGGAAGUCAGUUAGUGAGCGCAGAGUGAGGAUAGAGGACAGUCUGCAGACUGAGAGCUGCUCUGGGAUUCUACAGGAAUUUAUCCAGCAACACUUACAAUAUGGUUUUGUACCGGGAGAAGGAGGCGGAGCACCCCCCCAUGUCAGUCAUCCUGCCGCGGCUCUACCUGGGAGCACAGAGCGACGUGACGCAGGAGCGGCUGGCCUCUCUGGGGAUCUCCUAUGUAGUGAGUGUGAGCCGGUGCAGUCCUGAGCUGUCCUUCCUGCCUCGCUCCCGAUGUCUCCGUGUCCCCAUCGAUGACUCGCUGUGGGACGACCUGCUGCCCUGGAUCCCUCAGGCUCUGCACUUCAUCGAGGCAGCGAUGUCCUCCGGAGCCUCGGUGUUGGUCCACUGUGCGGCGGGAAUCUCCCGCUCCCCCGCUCUGGCUGUGGCCUACAUCAUGUACAGCCUGGGGAUGGACCUGGAUCAGGCCUACAGGUAUGUGAAAGAGCGCCGGCCCUCCAUUUCCCCAAACUUCAACUUCCUGGGUCAGCUGCAGCACUUCCAGCGCACUCUGAGCCAGCAGCAGCCGGACAGUCAUCUGCCAUCCACCACUGACAGCCAGAUCAUGAAUCAGCUGGCUGACGGCGACGCAGCAGAGGAGCAGGGGCCCCAGAGAGACGAACCCCAGCAAAGGCCCUCCCACUCACAGCUGUCAGGGAGACCUGACACUUUUCAUUUGACUCUUAAUCAAACUCAGCAGCAAGUCCACAUGCCAGGUGACGGUCCAGCUGUUAGCCCCUGUGAGCCAGUCACACCUGCAGAAAAGCACACAACACUACAACUCCCAGCAGCCUCUGCUUCUCUAUUAGAGAAACGCAAAAGCCUCACCCUCCUCCUGACCCCUUUGGGCACCCCAGCAGGUUGCAGCCAGCAGGCAAAGUGCAGCUCCACAUCCAAAACUGUCUAUAGCAGUGAGGCGGGUACCACACAUCCCCCCAGGCACAGGGAGCAGAGUCAACCCCCCCAAAAGUGCAGCACAGAAGAGAUGAAGGAGCAGGGUCUGCUGUCCCCCUUCAGCCUCACCCUCAACAAGCUGCUGGUAUGGGGGGAGAGGCUCCUGCUGGGGGGGCUGUUUUUCCCCCCUGUAAAGAUGGGACAGCCUGCGCUGCCCUACAGGUGCUGAG